CUUGGUGUCUGUCUCUUUAAGUUAUAAAUGGCAAGUUCUGACGUCACAACAUGUCAUUUCUUAUUAUAACAUUUACAAUGCCAGGCAGAAGUAAAAGCCCAAACUGUAUAUCAGAUAUAAACAAGAUGGUUACAACGUUGGAGCAAUAUUGUGCCCAUAUUUUAAUUAGUCCGAGGUGAUUCCCUAAGGGCGGCUCAGUAGUGUUUCCUAAAGGAGCGGCCUUCUCCCCCGCAGGCGUUUCCCUUCCGUAGACACUAAACAACAAGCCCGCACCCGCCACCAUAAACAGCGACGCAAACACAAACAAACACACACGAACUCGCCCAGCUUCCCUUCCAUCCACGUGUCUCCAUCACACUUCCGGGAAAUCUCUACUUCACUAGACUACAAAUCCCAUCAGCGGCCUGAAAAGCCGCGCCUGCGCAGUGGAGCUUGUUCGCUCCCAAGGCUACGAGGGAGUUGUAGUUUAUUUCCGGGUUGCGGCUCAUAGGCUGGCGGGGCGCUUCCGGCCCGUAGCGAACUCCAUCUCCCAGCAUGCUGCGGGCCGGCUCGCUCAGAGGCUAGAAUUCUGGCUAAUGAUCCCUAGCAGUGUGGAGUCACGUGUGGCUUCCGUUGGUCUGUUUUCCAGGGCACAGAGAGGGUCUCUUCCCCCCUUUCUUCCUUAAUUCGGAUUUUAUUUAUUUUUUUACCCAUAGUGUUUGUUUUCAGUCCCGAGCAGCAGCCUCUCCCCUCCUUCCCAUCACUAUAGGAAAGCAUGAGCGAUAACGAUGACAUCGAGGUGGAAAGCGACGAAGACUCGUCAAGAUUCCCCUAUUCGCACUUAACAGGGUUUAUGCAAUCGGAUUUCGAAACCUUACGGCAGAAGUGCAUGAAAAAGUUACCCAUUUCCGUACCUCUUUGCCCAUGUUGAUCUAUACCAACUUACAUUCAACAACAUAAGUACUGCUGCAAAAACAUAAAGGUUGUUUUAUAUGUGAAACAGUUUUUUUACAUCCUAUGUGUCUGCAAAAAAACGACAUAUAGAAAAUAUAUGGUAACUGUAGAGAAUAGAUACAGUUAAAACAUACCUAGGCCCUAGAUCCAUUUGUUCGCUCCUGUGGAAUAUUGACAACGAGUGAAAGCCCUCAGAAAUAUUCCUCUACAGUAAUAGUUUUAAUAUUAAUAGAAAUGUCACGUCUAAAAAAUAUAUACUGUAUGGACAUUCUCAGAUAAGGCUAAUUAAAGGCAAGAUUACCAUUUUAAUCAGAAAGGACAUUGGCCCAUUAGAUCCUCAUUGCAUUCAAGCGAAACUAUUAGUUUGCAUAAAGACUAAAUGGUUAUAACAAUGUGAGACACAGAAUCAGUUAACUGAAAAUUAGGAUUUUUUUGGGAGAACCCAACUCCCAAUUAAGAAAAGCCCCUACCCCCAAGUGGAUUCACCAUGAAUUUAUCCGGCAGGAGUUUGUGCAGCAAUUUAACAUAUAUUGGGAAGCUAAUGUAGGCACGGCAGAGGCUCAUAUUGUUUGGGAUGCAGCUAAAGCCUAUGCACGUGGCACAUAUAUUUCAUUGAUCAAGGAGGCUAGGCGUAAAGCGGAUGCAGGGCUGCUAGAGGUCCGUGAGGUUCUGGAGAGGGUGGAGGAGGAUCAUGCGGAUAACCCAACAGAGGAGUCCGGUGAGGCACUGUUAACUGCCCAAAGGAAUGUCAACUUAGCGUAUAUAGGGAAAUACUCCCAGAAGGAAUUGUACCGGGUAGCAAGUUGGUACGACAGGGGAGACAAGUGUGGUAAGCUGUUGGCAAUGCUGUCCAGAGACCCGGCACAGAUAACGGCAAUUCCUAGAAUUGUAACAGCUGAGGGAGCAGAACACCAAAAUCCAGAUCAGAUACUGGAAGACUUUGCUUGUUUUUACUCUGAGUUGUACCGCUCCAAGGCUAGCUUCUCUCAGGAGGCUCUGGGCGGGUAUCUGGAUGGCAUUUCCUUUCCUAAAUUAUCUAGGAAUGACUCGGAGACACUAAAUCAGACCAUUACUAGUGAAGAGGUCCUGGAGGCCAUAGCCGCCUUUCCGUCUGGAAAGUCACCUGGCCCAGAUGGCUUGCCAAUGGAAUGGUAUAAGGCGCAUGGGGACCUGAUAGCUCCACAACUGACUUCUUUGUUUAAUGAUAUUGUUCAAGGUGCCCCUCUUCCAAUCACCUCUAAAUUGGCCACUGUUGUCCUAAUUCUAAAAGAAGGUAAACCCCCUGAAAAUUGCGGAUCAUAUAGGCCGAUAUCUCUCCUAAAUUCCGAUAUUAAAAUCUUGGCCAAAAUACUCGCUAAUCGCUUGAAAUUGGUAAUAGAACAACUGAUCCACCCGGACCAAACAGGCUUUAUGCCAAAUAAAGGCACUGACAUCAAUAUAAGACGCCUGUAUACUAAUAUCUCGGCCAAUCAUCGGAAUAUGGGAGAGAGGAUCGUGGUAUCCCUGGAUACAGAAAAGGCCUUUGAUACCAUAGAGUGGUCUUACUUGUGGCAGAUAUUAUCCCGAUAUGAGUUAGGUAACAACUACAUAGCUUGGGUUAAGGCAUUGUAUGAUUCCCCUAGGGCCAGAGUACGGGUUAAUUCAGGACUAACAGGGGAAAUUCCCUUGGCAAGAGGAACACGACAGGGGUGCCCGCUAUCGCCGCUCCUUUUUGCCCUAGCGAUUGAGCCUCUAGCCAUUAGAAUUAGAUCCAAUCCCCAAAUUGUGGGCCUGCAGCUGCAAAGGUGGGAGGAGAAAUUGUCACUCUACGCAGAUGACAUGCUUGUCUAUCUGGCGGACCCUAGGGAUUCACUAUCCAGGCUGUUGGGUGAAAUAGCUGGCUUUGGAGAUUUUACUGGCCUCCGGGUUAAUUGGGGGAAAUCUUUAGUUUUCCCCAUUGACUCUGGAGCCCAGCGGGAUAUGAGACAUGGCCCCCUGUUGCAAUGGGUUGACAGCUUCCGGUACCUUGGCAUUGAAAUACAUAAAGACACCAAAAAAUAUGUUGACCUUAACUUGACCCCCCUCAUAAGAUCUCUCAAGCUCAAGGUGCAAAACUGGGCAAAUCUGCCGUUGUCGCUGCCUGGUCGCAUUAACAUAUUGAAACUGAUCUUUUUGCCAAAGCUACUAUAUGCCUUUCAUAACUCUCCAGUUGUACCGCCCAGGACUUGGUUCAGGAAUUUAGAUGCCAUAGUACGUGGAUUCAUCUGGGCAGGGGAGCGUCCGAGGAUUGGGUGGCAGACACUCCAGGCCCCAGUCAAUAGAGGGGGACUGUCCCUUCCAAACUUUUUGCUAUACUUCUACGCUAGUCAGCUGGUAUAUGCCUGGUGGUGGCUGAACCCCAAUCCUAAUAAUCAGGCAGUGGUUCUUGAGGCAGGAUUGAUUUCCUCAUUUGAGGCUUUGGCUAAUCAGUUGCAUAGGGGUCUGACCUCAAUCUAUGAUCUUACACCGAGCAUGAAGACAGUAUGCACGGUGUUUCAGAGAACAGUGGUAUCCCCUAGCCGUAAGAGAAGUCAGUGGUCCAAGUGGUCCCCUCUGUGGGGAAAUGAGACUUUGAUACAACUUAGGCAGGUGCCAGAUCCUGCUACUUGGGCAUCAGUGGGGAUCAGAUACCUGGGAGAUGUGGUUAGGUCUGGAGAAAUUAAGCAAUUCGAACAACUGAAGGAAGACUAUGGUUUGCAAAACCGCAUGCUCUUCAGGUUUCUACAACUAAGGCACGCUUUGGCAGCACAGUUUCCUGAAGGGGCCCCAGUGUUAGUGGAAACUACUCUAGAAAGCUACUUGAGACGUCCUGAAUUGGUGAGGCAGCUUAGCUGGUUUUAUGCCCUACUCCUGCGGGAGGACUUUGAUCCGCUCCAACAUUUUUGUAGGAAAUGGCAACAUGAGUUUCCCCAGUUGAAUGAUGGUGACUGGAAGGAGAUCUUAUGUCAAAUACCUGAGGCUAAUAUAUCCAGUAGAGAUAGGUACAUACAGUCCAAGUUCCUAAACCGCGUCUACCUAACACCCCACAGACUGGCCCGGAUCUACCCAGGCUGCCCUGAUGUUUGCCCCAAAUGUAAUCGUGAUCAAGGUACUUAUAAGCAUGUAUUCUGGGACUGUCCUGAAAUACAGAGAUUCUGGGGGGAGAUAAUGCAGUUUGCUGGCACUAAACUUGGACUUCCUAAUGUGUGUUCGCCGGAACUUUGCUUACUGGGAAUAACAGAAGGAUUGGAUCUGGGCUCCAGUGAACGAAUAUGCUUAUUACAACUGGUACAUUUUGCAAAAAAAGCCAUCCUGAUGAACUGGAAGGCGACCGCACCUCCAUCUCUACGCUUCUGGAAAAAACUGAUCAAUAAUGUCCUCCCCAGCCAAAAGCUAACCUACCAAGCAAGAGGUUGCCCAGGUAAAUUUGGGAAAAUUUGGAACGCCUGGUUGGGUGCAGAUCGGACACCUUGAAUCACUUGCCUUUGCUUUACAGUAGGCAUCAUGGGACUAUGCUUGCAGGGAGUGAUGACCUUAGGCCUCUGAGUGUACAAGGAUAAAUGACGACCGCAGUGCUUACUAUAAUAAAGGAUUGUUUAUUUUG